GUUUGUCCCUCACUCAUAUCAUCCUGAGGUCUGGCUAUGAUGAUGGACUCUGCACUGCUGCUGCUUCUCCUCUGGGCUCUGAUUGGAACGACUUCCCCUCAGGCUUCAGCAGGGCCGUGUGUGGAGAGACUUCAGGGAGGAGAGAGGAAAACGAGAGCCUGUCCUCGGACCUGCAAAUCUGACGCAGAAUGCGGCAGCAAGCGCCAAUGCCUGUGUGACGGCGAGUGUGGUCUGAGUUGUGUGGCUCCAGGUCGUACUUGUCCCUGGCCUCUUCACUCAAAUGAAAACUUGGUGUUUCGCCUCGUGUCGGCCACUCCUUCCUUCUCCGCCCUGCUAGAGGUCCACUGCAAGCCGGGCCUUACGUUGCCUGAUGGCUUGGAUGUCACGGUUCGUCGGUGUCAGGGUGACCGACAGUGGAGUGGGGAUGAGCCCAUCUGCGCAGAGGCUCAGUCACCUGGACACACUCCUCCUCCGACCUGCCCUUUGCCAGAGGAGGUGAUCAACACCUUCAGCAUCCACGGCGACGCCUCUGUGGGGACUUCAAUCCGCUACAGCUGCCUGUCUGGGGCGGAUGUAGUGGGGAGCAGGGAAAAUUUCUGUCAGGACAACCAGACCUGGAUGCAUCCUCACCCGGUCUGUAAAAAGUUGUUCUGCCAACCUCCGAAGGAAGUGCAGCAGGGCUACGUGGUUGCAGUCCAGAAGACUGAGUAUGAGGUCGCCUUUGACAUCCACUAUCUAUGCAAGAAGAACUACCGGCUGGAUGGACCCCAGAAGAUCACCUGUCUGUCAAACGGCAGCUGGAGCGCGUCUCCACCACACUGCCGAGCUCGCUGUGUCAUCCCUGCUGAGCGGAGUCGUGUUGUGAUUGGUGGAGUGAAGCGUUGGCCGUUUGAUGUCACGGACGCCAUGGUUCCCCACGGGGAAAACGUGACAUUCUACUGCAAACAUCCCAAGAAGCAGUGCAGCUUCACCGCAGCCCAGGCCUGCUUUGACGGGAAGCUGCAGACACCAGAGUGCUACCUUGAGCCUACAUGGUUGCAGUACAAACUCUUCCCACAUCGGCUGGUGUCAGAAAUUGAAACAUGUGCGCCCGGUGACGUGGAGUGAUUACCCAAGAUCUCAACCCGCUAAGACAUGCAUCCGUUUAAGAACUCCUCCUGAACACUCAGCACAGCUUCAUGUACUUUAAUUAUGGUCACCUAGAUAUUCUUUGUUCAACAUCUGUUAGUUUUCUUGCACACUAAUCAAAAGUCAUUGUUAUUACAUUCAAACAUUACAAGUUAUAUUCAAAUCCUGCUGCAGCUUGAGUUGCUCCAUACGGUAGAGACUGUAAUCAUGAUAUAUGCAGUGGCGGUUCUUGGUUGAACAGCACCCAGGGCGAGUCGCUACCCUGCUUCAUCUGCCACAAAUGCCCUCAGAUCUUUUCUAUGAUUUCAACAGUUUCAAUCUGUUUUAAAGAAUGUUUGCAGUGUAGAACGAUCCAGACCAGACUUGAUCAGGAUGUUUGCUCUUGAACUGGAGAUGACCAAGAGGAGUACAAAUUAUUUACAAAACUCAAAUUGCAAAUUAAAUCCAAACAUUUGCAUAAUCAGUACAGUCAGAUUUUGUUACCGCACAGAAUGUAGUUACUGAGAACUCUGGAAAUUCAGUCUGGAAAAAUGGGGGAUAUUGACAUUAAAAAUGUGGUGGAAUUGAAUGUUUAAGGUAUAAAACUUACCUAUGAAGUGAACUCCAGGUUCACUGUGAACCUAUGGAUCUGCAGGGAUGGGGAUUUGUGAAUGGUAACUAGAUGAGCAGAUAGAUAAAUCAAUUGACCGAUGCAUUUAGAGAGCUUGUUUCAUACCUGGAAUAUAUUUAAAUCAAAUUGCAGACUAGAGGGUUGUGAUACUGCAUAUUUUGGUAUUGAUCCGAUACCAAAUAAAUAAGGGGCCAGUAUUACCAAUGCCAAUAUUGAUCAAAAUAUUUUUUAUUAUGCAAGUUUAAUAUAUCAGACCUCUAACAUUUAGGUGUUUUUGUGUUUUUUUCCCCCCUUUUAAAUAUAUUGUUAAAACCUUAGAAAGAAUUUGUGAAAAGUUUAUAAAUGUCUACAAAAUACAUAAGAAACAUAUUAACAAGAUCAACAGAAACAGCAUAACAAAACUAAUUUGUGUGCACUGUUUCCUAAAACACAGUGUAAAAAGUGCAAUCAAAACAAAGUCUUUUUGAGGGAGAUUAAAUGGGAUUUCAUUAGGCAAUCUGAAACUAAAAUAUCAAUCUUACGCACUAGUAUUGAUCUGAUACUGAUGCUGACUUAGUAUUGACAUUAUCAGUAAUUUGGAUUGUUCUGCCUGACUCUAUUGCAGACUGUUAAAGGUCGGUGUGAACAGGAUUGCUUCUGGUAUAACUUUUUCUCCUUGUGCCGCCCUGAGACUGUGCUGUCCUGGUAAAAGAGCCACAUUGUCCACAUCAAAAACCGCCACUGGAUGCAUGUAUAGUUCAUUAGUAGAUUAUAUAUUAUCCAUGAACUGACUCUGUGAUAUGUUUCACUGUGAGAUCUUUUUUUUCCUGCUCAGUCUGAGACAUCAAGCCUGCGGGGCUUGUGAGUUUUAUAUUUUUGAUGUUUAAAAUAAAGGAAAACGACGUGAAAACGA